AGGGAGCCGAAUGUGCGACGGCGCGGUGAUGAAAGCUUAUCUCUGACACUUCGCUGAGGCCGCUCAUCUUCCGCGCAAUCAAUAAAAACGACUGCAGUCAAGCGGCUGUGCCGCUCCCAUUGGCCAGCUGACAAUACUGGAAUCGGAACUCUCGGAGACAAUUUCCCCGUAUUUAUUUUUCAUCUGCUCGAUAAGGCUGCGAUGAGCGCAGGGGACGCUGCUAAAUCGGGCGUAAGGCUCUGCUCGUUUUCUGCCCGCCGAUGACGCGGACGAAAAUUGAGCGGUAGAACUCGAUUUCGGUGCGAAACCGGACCUGGACUGGGCGUCGCGGGGGGAUGAAUUUUAUGAUGCUCGGCGCAGGUUGCUAUCGGGUGGUCACCAUCCACGACGUCCUGAGAAUGAGCCUUGGCUGUGAGACGUACUAGUUGCUGUGCAUUUCGAGUUUUGUUGAUGUCAUAAUCCACAGUGACGUUUUUGACUGAGUGGCUUGGACACGUGUUGUUAAUCCGGUAGGGCUUAGGGAGUAUUUGCUUUAUUUCAAACUUACGGGUCGUGCAGCUUUUUUCUUCAGACCUCUUAGAAGCUUCGAAGAAAAACAAGACAAAAGAGAAGCGCUGUAAUAAAGAGGCUGCAAAGUCUGGUCGGAUCAGUUGGUUCCAGUUCCAAUCGGCGGGGAGUUUCAAGUUUCCUCAUUGUUCACCACUGAGCUGAUGGUUUCACCUGUGUGCUUGACUUGAAGCUUGUUGUUGAGAUCCGUCUGGGCUUAAUCACAACCAUGUAUGCAGCGGAGCGGAGCGGACUGGCCGCCUGCUAUGGGACGGCGCUUGUACUCCUAUCCAUUGCAACGUCCGGGCAAGCCUCUGCCGAGAACGAUGUAUGCGGGACGGAGUCAAUAUUUCUUGGACCAACGGGAUCCUACCACCUGAAAUCACCACAUUAUCCCAGUGACGUCAACACAACCAUACACUGUAAUUGGACAGUAACAGCCACUCCAGGAUCAAAGAUCAAGCUCAUCAUUCACGAUCUACACAUCAGUCACUACCGAGAUAGUUUCACAGUUGCUAACCUCCACACCUUGGCCAACACGAGCGCCGAUUACGUCCUGAAGCAUUUUCGGGAGGUCAAAGUUCAGAUGGUCAUGUCAACUGGUCACGUGGUGGGCGUUAAGCUGUUGGCGGGUUCGGAUGGCUGGGCAGACUACGAUUCUGCACCUUCCGGCCGACGCUUUUGGCUGGAACUCGAGCAAGUCCUUAGCAAUGCAUCCCUCAUCAGUGAGUGCAGCAACGCGACAAGACGGUUCCUGUGCGAAAACCGAAACAUUUGUGUGGAUCACAGCGGACGAUGCGACGCCUUGAUCGAUUGUCCUGACCAAUCAGACGAACGCAACUGUCAAGCGCACUCCUGCCCACGCAACGAAUACUGUGCAAACAGCAAUGCGUGUCUGACGCGGAGGUUUCAUUGUGAUGGCAUUGACGAUUGCUCCCGGGCGGAGGACGAGCAAUCCUGUGAUGUGCGACUCUGUCCUAAGGACUGCUCUUGUCAGGUUACGCCCGUGAACGCCCUCCUAAUUGUCAAUUGCAGCAACCAUCCAAAUCUAACCAACGUCUGGGAUGAACUUCCGCGGAUAAUGAAGAAACUUAUACUGAGGAAAAACAACAUCACGGAUCUGGAGCCGGGAAGAUUUCAAAAAUUCUCACAUCUCGCGACUUUAGAUCUGGAAGACAACCAGCUGACAAGACUAAAACGUGGAUAUUUCAGCGGACUGAGUAAAUUGAUUCUUCUGAAGACCAACAAGAAUCAUUUAAACACGAUAGAUUCCGGGGUAUUCCAAGCGCUGGAGUCACUGACGUUUCUGCGUCUUGAUGAAAAUAACAUCACAUCGGUGAGAGAGGAAAUGUUUAAGGGACUCAACGGUUUGCAGACGUUGCGUCUUGGAACAAAUCGCAUAAGGGAGCUCAAAGCAAAUACGUUUCGGCACCUGAACAACCUCCUCAGUCUAGACCUCGUUGAAAACCAAAUUUCUUCGAUUGAGCCGCAUGCAUUCAGAGGUCUUGGGAAACUGAGAAAUUUACAACUACGAGAAAACUUACUGACGGUUUUGCAAACUGACAUGUUUUCACACUUGAAGUCACUAGAAAUAUUGACUUUUGAGAACAACCCUUGGACAGUCAUUGAACCGGGUGCAUUAAAUGGUCUUGACAGUCUUCAAAUAUUGGCUCUCAGUCGACAUGAAACGGAAGCCAAAGAUUUCACAGUAGAUAAGCAUGAACUGGAACACAUGAGUGAUUUGAGGUUUCUAGUUGUAGAUGACCAACGAAUGUGCUGUCUGGUUGACUACAGGCCAAACGGGAUUAGGGACAACUGCGUACUUGGCAGCCGGCCAGACUAUGUAGUGUCACUCUCUUACUUUACGUGCGAUCGACUUAUGCACAAUUCGGUCUUGCGGGUGUUCGUAUGGUGCCUCGGAAUCAGCGCCCUCUUCGGCAACACUUUCAUUAUCUUGUGGAGGCUGAAGAUGACUGACUCCGGAAAGCGUUCACAGUCGGUCCUGAUUCUCAAUUUGGCCGUGUCGGACCUGAUCAUGGGUGCAUAUAUGCUGAUCAUCGCGGGCGCUGAUGCGUACUUCAAGGACACAUUUUUUCUGCACGUGGAGGGAUGGAGAUCGGGACACCUGUGCAACUUCGCCGGUUUCCUCUCGAUGCUAAGCUCUGAAGCGUCUGUGUUUUUCAUCACCAUGAUCAGCAUCGACCGAUUUCUGUGCGUGGUGUUCCCGUUCGGGAAGAAAUGGCUGCGAUUAGACACAGCGCGGGUAGCCAGCCUGGCAAUGUGGUGCACUGCUUUACUGAUAAGCAUCCCGCCGCUACUUCUGCAGGACAAGAUCGACGGAUUCUAUGGGCUGAGCGACGUUUGCGUCGGAUUGCCGCUGGUCAAGUCCAACCGGACGUCCAAACAGGAAGACCGCAUCCUGCUUGGGGAAACGCAAUUCAACGGAACCGUGAAGGAAUCGGCCACCCCUUCGCGGGCAUUUUCCGUGACGGUGUACCUCGGCAUCAACCUGGUGUGCUGCGUCGUUGUUCUCCUGUGCUACCUGGCCAUAGCCUUCGUGGUCAUUGUCAAACUGCCCUCCAAGAAGCUGCAGAAGCGGAAGGACAAGGAACACCGGAAGAAAGAGAUGGCCAUGGCCCGUCGCAUGCUGCUGAUCGUGGGAACAGAUUUCUGCUGUUGGAUGCCGGUGAUCCUCAUGGGGAUUCUGUCCAUGAGCGGGGCUGUCGACAUUCCAGAUGAAACUUACGCCUGGGUUGUGGUAUUCGUGAUCCCAAUAAACUCCUCCCUCAAUCCGUAUCUGUACACAUUCUCCAACAGCAGCACGGUUUCCCUGACCUGCUGUAAAUUCCGAACUCCGGGAUCCUCAGUGAACUCGGUCAAGAUGAAGCCGCUCGCGAGCACUGACACCAAGGACGUCAGCCAACGGUGCCGAUCCGGAACACACACAUUCCUUUAGUGGACAAAGAGUCCUCUCCUUUGGAGUAGUUAACCGGGAUAAUCUGAACUGCGAAAAGCCUGUAAAAUGUGACGAGGUCAACGGAAUUACCUCAAAAACACAGUAGGCAGCUUUUCCUCACACUGAAGUGCGUGGGCCUACAUGAUCCACGAGGUCGGGCACUUGGAAAUCUGCUUAAGGUUUCGUGAGUGUCCGGUCCGUCGAAAACAAUUCCCGAUAACAUCACAUUUUUACAGUGAAGUUCAUUUAGCUACAUAGGGCCUGUAUAAAGCAGGGUAACUGUACUGAAUAUUUAGAGGGUAUUUUAUUCUAUGACCUUUAAGUACCUCUCCACUGUCGUGUGGUAAACGGGAAUAGCGGACAUCAGUCGACGAGCCAUAGUUUCCGCAAGUACUGAACGGUAACAGCUUGAUUUGAAGUAAGGCCACCACAAAUUAGUCAUGGGUUAAUUCCAAAAUAUGAAGCUGACAUUCUAUUCAUUUGUACUGUGCAAGGGACUUUGUCCAUUAAAACAUUUUGUGACCUUAAUGGUGGCUGACUCAUGGCGUUCCAUGUGAUUGCCAUAACGACAGUCUUGGCGCCCAUUUCUGAACAGUUAACAUCGACCACGCUGAGAAAUGGCAACCGAGAUGCCAAAAGCAACGUGCAGAUAAAAUUUUGAAGUUAUCUCAAACCUUCGGGGUGAAACUGUGCACGAUUGCAGCGAUAGGCCAUUCAACUUGCAAUUAUAUAUCUGAUAUCAAACAGUAUGUUAUACCCUUCCUCAGAUGCUGUGACUUUAUUGGCCAGGAAUGGCCACAUUUCGCUUGUAACAAUGUAAAGCAUUACGACCUACGCCAACAUAAUGCGUCCCUGAACCAUGAUAUAGGUAUAAUGUACAUAAAGGGACCCUGAACCACAAGGAACAGCCGGAACUUGGCGGAGGAUUUAUAUCAUUAUGGGCGAAAACCCGAGAGAAAUAUAACCAUGCUGACCGUCAGUGAAAGUAUUAAGAAAGAUUGAUGUUGAUGUUAAUUGGUUGAUGCGAGGUUGGCAUAUUGUGGGUAUAUUAAUACUUAAUACUAUAACAGGGAAUUGGACGUAACGCAACCUUAAAAACGGGAUGAGAAGUGAUACUAUCAGGACAAUCAACAAGCUUAAAAAUCAACUUAUGUACUUGGGAUGCAUUUAAGUUAUCUAACGCAGUGUAGUCAAAGCCGCGAACCAAUGCAACACUUCGGUGGUUUGUUAAGAUGACAAAGAAUGGAAGUUCAGUUCAAAGAAAACAUGCCAGAGGUUAAGAGCAGCCCUUUACCUUUACGGCAGUCUCGAUGGUAAACUUAAACAUAAUGGACAGAUUUCAGCCAUUCACCGUUUAAUAUUCGAUGCGACAGACAUUGUAACUCAGUUACGCCUCUUGAGCGAUUGGAUAUCGGACAGCUGACGACGCGACGGUCAACUCACAUGGUACAUGUGACAUGGUACAUGAAAACCAUUUGAAUCUGUGGGCAAAACAUGACGGAACAGAUGACAGGAAAAGCUAUGAGCAUGAGGAGAAUGAUGAAUCCUUACUACGCUUUCCUAAAAAAUUCAUGGCUGGGUUCAGUCAGAUUAACUCUUUUUGUUACUUUACGUUGAGUUUCCUUCUGAUUUAGAGUGACUGCAUAGUUACGCAAGGACACGUUUCCAAAGGAAAGUAUUGGGAUGAUGUUUGUAACUUUGGCAAAGUUGGUUGCCAUCAAUGCUCUUUCUUUCUCGCUACCGUUUUUUUUAAUCUCGGCGUUUUGACUCUUCAUAGCCAUGCUUUAUGACAACAUUUCUCAUGCUCAUAGUUCUGUGACGCGACGCUAUGACCGUACGUUUUUGGACGAUUCAUGAGUUGGAAACAAUUGAUAUUUGUCACGGACGCUUUAAUUCGUGUUAACCCGAUCCGACUACCCACCGCUACUUAUAAGUAGGGCUUGCACACCAUGCUAUAAGCAGGUUAGUAUCAAAGGAUCGUAGCACGGACUACGUUCGGCACACUUGUAAGAAUGGCAUGAAAAGCGCCCCCUUGCCACACAACCGAGAGCCACUUUUGCGAUGAGUAUUAAGUUAAAACUGGUCUAGCUUAAUUUAGUAUGCCGAACUUAGUGCAUGCUACGACCCUGUGAUACCAACCUGCUUAUAGCAUGGUGUAUUUGGUGUGCAAGCCUUACAGUAGCGGUGGGUAAUCGGAUUGGGUGACAUGUUAAGACUGACUGACUACUGGACUCGCACUGACUAACUUAACCUGAAAUGUGAUCAACAGCUGUGGAAAGUAUGGUAGUGCCCGCAAACAGGGUCUUUUAAACACAUUUUUAUUAAGAACGUUUCCCAUGUGUAUUUUGCCUUAAAGCGCAUGCUGUUCUGACAUAAUUGCUCAUUUAGCCGUCAAGAUGUGAACAACGACACUUCCUACAAAUUUCCAACGUACAAGGGUCUGUAAUUGAGAUGUCGCUCCUCUUACACAGGGUUAAAGUUAUUAAAUGGAGUCACUUUGGUAUAACUAUUCCUCUGCGAAGUUUGAGAGGAAUCCAUUGCAGGGGUAUUACUUUUUUGCUAAAAGUUCCUUAUUUUUUAUAUUCUUUGAGCGACAGUAUUAUCCGUGCAUCAUUUGACUGUAUCGAGAUGAGAUUGAAAACGUUGCAUUAUAAGGACCCACUUAUGUUAUUCUGAGUAUGUUGUAUUUAAUGCACCCACAUGGUGAAGCCUUUCGUGCUUUAUGAAAAAUAACAGAUGUUGUCUCCUAAUCAAACCUGGCGUCGAUUUAAAUACAUGUAUAUUGUAAGACGCACCACUGUCAUGCAAGCAUGAACAUUUGCUUAGAUGUAAAUAUAUUGAUUUGUUUCGCCAGACGUGAGCCGUUUUCAGCGUAAAGAUGAAACUAAUACAGAUAAUUUUUGUGGUAAUGCACACGUACAGGUACGCACCGAAGAAAAAAACCAAUACUCAUUUACAUUAAUUAAAUACUUUCCGAUCUAACUCAUUGGUUUCAACUAAGCCGUUCUUUAUUGAUGGACACAUAUACGGUUUGUUGGUUACCCAUUAAAGGCGAGACCAUAAAUCUUCCCAGUGUGGUUUGCCUUUUCUGUUCUAAACCACUUGGAUGUGCACCUGCAAUGCGUGUUUAUUAAUGACAAGGUACCUCAUGCGGAAAUCGUAUCAAUUGAAAAGGUGGUGCGCUUCACAAAAAGGGAAAGCUUUGAUUUUCCAAUCAGACGCAUCACUGCCGCAGAUGACAAAGUUUGAACCAAGUAACGUCCGCGAGCAGAACUCAGCUGUUCAUUUACACAUACCCUGACUUUCAAGAGGGUUUCUGGUGGUUGUCCCAGACGCAUGCGCAAUCGCGAAAGAAAGAAAAACAAGACAGCUAAAUGGCGUUUCAAUCAUAAUGUGAGAGACAUAGCUGAUGUGUAAUGAACCUGACAGAGCAUGACAGGACAACCUCAUUCACUUAUUUAUCCAAAGUGUUACAACUGAGUUUGGAUGCCCCAUUUUCAAGACAAUGGUGUCCAUUCAAGCAUGAAAGGACGGAUACCAUCAAGAUAUCAUUAGAAAGAAUACUGGUUCUGCUUUUCGGACAUCCUUAUACAUUAUAAUCAUAUCUCACGGUUUGGGCAUAUUAACCCCUUUCCUCAGGGUUCAGCUUUUUCUGGGACACCCUGUAUACCAUAAACUAUUGUUCCUACUUCAACCCCUCCUGAACAUCUGAAAGGAAUUCCAAAGAUUCCGUCAACACAAAGGAGACACAAUGGGGGGGUGUCCCUUUGCCACAUUACGUCAGCUCGUGUAUUUAGACUGUCCCAUUGUAAGCCAAGUUUCUCAAAACGCUCUAACAUGGUAAUAAAUGUAAUAACUCAAACUUUUUUUUUUGUAUUCGCAGAGGCAGUACUCACAUUUUCAUAUUAAAAAACAGUUGAAGUCAUCAGUUUCA